AUGCCCGUCUCCCGUCACACCGGCCAAAUCCCGGAGUCCACCUGGACCCUGACCUUCAGGGAGAUGACGGAGCCCUGGAAAGGCGCCGUGGGCUGCCUCGGCGUGGCCAUCUUCUUCGCCAUGACCAUCGGCAUCAUCUCGUGGCAGGCGGUGGAGCAGCCCCCGGAGGAGUGGGUGCUGCGGGGCCGCGACGCGGGCAUGCUGUGGGAGCGCGGCCGCGGGGCGCUGCUGCUGCGGGCGCUGCCGGCCGGCCGGCCCGUGCUGGCCAUCGCCGUGGGCAGCGUGCCGGCCACCGAGCCCCCGCCGCCCCGAGACCGCUGCUGGCACGACGGCCGCCAGUUCUGCUACUCCUGGGAGGAGGACGCCGAGCUCCGGCUGUCCCUGGAGCCGCCGGCAGCCCCCGGAACCGAGUGCUACGGCGUCCGCUGGACCCCGCUGCGCCCCGACGUAACCCUGAAGGAUUGUUUUUCCAUGGCCAAUGUCUCCUGGUACGGAGGGCCGAGCAUCCGUGCCCAGCGCUGGCCCCUCAAUGGCGCCGAGAGCCCCGCGCAGCCCUUGGUGAGCGGCGACCUCAGCGCAAACCCCGACGGCUUCGGGCCCCUCCUGGAGAGGUACUUCCUGGGAUCCACAGGAGUGACGGUGACAGUGGCUCCUGACGUGUCCCUGCUCCUGUCUCUGGAGAGCCACCAGCAGUUCUGCCUGGAGACGCCGGCGGGGCGAGAGGAGCCCCUGCACUACCAGCUCUGUGUCAGCGCCGACGUGGCGGCCGCCCGCCGGCACAGGGCCAGCGCUCCGGCGGGAGCGGCUCGGACAGCGCCGGACACCGCGCUCCUGGGGUCUCCGAUCUGGCGCUACCACGGCCCGGAGGGUUCUGCGGCCAAAAUCAAGCGAGGCCUGAGGUCGCUGGUGAGGAGGCUGAAGCGCCAUCGCCUUCAGGAGGGCGUCGUGGCCCUGGGGGAGCGCGGCACCGCCGUCCUCGCCGCUGCGGACCUGGUGCCCUCGGGGCGCAGGAAGAGGCAGGCCCCGGCGCUGGUGGAACCUCUGGAGCUCUCCAUCACACUGUCCCCGUACGCUGGUGUCACCUCCCCGCUCUUCCAGCACUCCCUGCGCGGCGGUGAGGCCGCGGGAUACUGGCUCAGCCGCCAGCCCCGACCCGGGGCCAGCUCGAUCCCGCUGCUGACCACCUGGAAGGGGCAGCUCUGCGCCCGCCUGAACGUCACCAGCGAGGCAGCGCUGGGCUGGUACCUGGCUCGUGCCCGGCGCCUGCGGCAGGCACUGGGGGCCGCCUACGUGGCCUUUGAGGGAGUGGAGGGCAAUUCCUUCCUGGAGCAGGAUGUCCCUGCUCCUGCUGAGCUGGAGGGUGAUAGAUACACCGAGGCGCUGGCGGCGGCGCUGGCGACGCUGGGCAAUGGCACCGUCAUCAGCGCCGGGAGCAGAUCCAGUCACCUCCCAUUGUUUGUCCAGAUGAGCCCCCUGCACUCUGACUGGAGCCACGCUGGGCUGAAGGGGCUCAUCCCCUCUGUGCUGCACUACAGCCUCCUGGGCUACAACUUCUUCAUCCCUGAUGCAGUAGGAGGGAGCGAGGCUGGAGCCACCCCGGGGGACCCGGAGCUGUUUGUGAGGUGGCUGCAGAUUGUGACAUUCCUGCCCGUGAUGGCCUUUGGGACCCCGCCCUGGCUCUGCUGUGACACCUGGGUCCUGAAUCUGACCCGCCAGUGCAUCCAGAGGCACCGGGAUUUUGUUGUGCCCCUGCUCCUAAAAUACAGUGAGGAGUGGCAGAGUUUGGGAUACCCCAUCUUCCGUCCUGCCUGGUGGCUCAGCCCCACGGAUCCCGUUGCAUUCACCAUAGAGGAUGAGUUCCUCAUUGGAGAUGAGGUCCUGGUGGCUCCAAUAACAGAAAAGGGACAAACGUGGAGGGACAUCUACCUGCCAGGAGAGGGGCACCUGUGGCUGGACACCAACACUGCCCGAGUGUUUGAUGGUGGCACCACGCUCAGGAAUUACUCUGCCAGCCUGGCCGAGGUGCCAGUGUUUGUAAAGACCUCCUGA